CGGAUCACAAACAGAAAUGACAGAACAAAUAGUUGGCAUGGGUUCAAUGUCAGAAGCAAGCAAUAAGCCUCAUGCCGUGUGCAUUCCAUACCCUGCACAAGGCCACAUAAAUCCAAUGCUAAAACUAGCCAAACUCCUUCAUCACAAAGGCUUUCAUAUCUCAUUCGUCAACACAGACUUCAACCGCAAUCGUCUGAUCAAAGCUGGAGGUCCGGGAGCCCUUGAUGGCUUGCCAGACUUCCGGUUUUACUCUAUCCCUGACGGCCUCCCACCCUCGGACCCUGAUGCAACUCAGGACAUUCCUUCCCUGUGCAAGUACACUCCAAUCAACUGCAGUGCGCCUUUCAGCAACCUUAUUAAGGAACUCAAUGAUUCUUCGGGCUCUGGAGUACCACCAGUGACUUGUAUUGUUUCUGAUGGGAUCAUGGCCUUCACUCUCAAAGCUGCUGAGCAGUUUGGUAUUCCUGUAGUGCUGUUUUGGACAACAAGCGCCUGCGGCCUCCUGGCGUAUAUGCAGUAUCACCAACUUGUUGAAAGAGGCUAUACGCCGCUAAAAGAUGCAAGCGAUGUCACAAAUGGCUACUUAGAUACGAAAAUUGAUUGGGCUCCAGGAAUGAAAGACAUGAGAUUGAAGGACUUUCCAAGUUUCAUCAGAACUACUGACCCAAAUGAUUUCAUGCUCAACUUCGUUAUAACUGAGACUGCUCUGCUUCCUAAAGCUGAUGCGCUUAUUUUAAACACAUUCGACGCUCUUGAACAGGACGUUCUGGACGCCAUUUCCGCCACUCAACCUCAUACUUACAGCAUUGGGCCGCUGCACUCAAUGAUGAACCAAAUUCAGGACAAGAGACUUAUGUCCAUCAGCUCGAGUUUAUGGAAAGAAGAGGUUAUUAGCUGCGUCGAAUGGCUUGACAAAAAGGAGCCAAACUCAGUUGUGUAUGUGAAUUUUGGUAGCAUCACUGUCAUGACUGCAAACCAGCUGACUGAAUUUGCAUGGGGCUUAGCCAAUAGCAAGAAACACUUCUUGUGGAUUGUGAGGCCCGAUAUAAUUGCUGGAGACAACGCGAUGGUGCCCCCGGAGUUUUUGACUGAGACUAGUGAAAGAGGCAUGCUGGCAAGCUGGUGCUCUCAAGAACAAGUCCUGAUGCACCCUGCCAUUGGAGGGUUCUUGACACAUAGUGGCUGGAAUUCGACUCUCGAGAGCAUUGCUAGUGGUGUGCCAGUAAUCUGCUGGCCUUUCUUCGCUGAGCAACAGACGAAUUGUAAGUACAGUUGUGUGGACUGGGGAAUCGGAAUGGAAAUAGAUAAUGAUGUCAAGAGAGACGAAGUGAAAGAGUUGGUGAGAGAGCUAAUGGAUGGUGAGAAGGGAAAGAAAUUGAAGAAGAAUGCAUUGGAGUGGAAAAAGAAAGCUGAAGCAGCUGCUAGCCCUGCUGGUUCUGCAUCACUAAAUUUAGACAAGUUGAUUAAGGAGGUGCUCAUAGCAAAGUAGCUCGACACGGGUCAUGUUCCGCUACAAACUGUUUCAAAACAUCUUUUAACCCCAUGAACCACUUUGUUUACCUACGAUGCAAUUUAUAUUUUUGCAUGCUUUCUUCAUAUUUUUAUACCACAAGUAUAGUGAUUGUA